CUGCCACACUGCCACUGCCAGUGCCACUAGUGCCACCACAAGUGACGAAGUUGUAAAGUUUAAUGCGUUUGAGGUUAUGUUUUUGUCAUAGUUUCCUAACCUAAUCCAUGUAGUGAUAGAAAUCUUUUUUCAGCUUGUAUAAUGCCAAAUGACAAGAAAUCUCAUAAGUCCUUAGAUUUGACUUCUUCUCAAUUUGAUGCUUAUAAAGCCUUAUACUCAAGGAAUGUUCAGUUACCCUGUCCAAAUGCACCCAUUUUGGAUAACCUAACAAAAUUUGUGGAGACUGAUGAGGGAAUUAUUUUAAAAACAUUUAGUAAAUUGAAAGUUCAAAAACCUGAGAAAAAUGAACCUUCAACUUCCACUAAAAGGUUUCAACCUCAUCAAGAGCCGGUACCAGGGAAGGCCAAACGUGCUGCGAAGAAUGUGCUGACACGCAUGAACACGGUGAAGGGUCCCCUAGCCAUGCUGCAGACAUGUAUGGACAAAAACAUCAGGAUCAAGGUCCUGACCCGCAAUAUGUCGGGGAUCCGAGGGCACUGCUCGGGUUACCUGGUAGCCUUCGACAAACAUUUCAACAUUGCACUACAAGACGUCACCGAAGUUUGGACUCGGCGGAAACAUAUAAAGUCUCCUGCUCUAGGACCGGCAGAUGACGUAGAUGACAUUCCACAGCCAAGGGUGCGGAUACGCAGCUCCACUUCCAAGACUGAAGAGUGUGAAAGGUUUAUCCCCAAGCUCAUGAUGCGUGGAGAACAUGUGGCCGUUGUGAUUGCUACAGACUAUUGACAGUUUUAUGCGUGGUUUUUUGCCACAAAUAUAUUUAUGUUUUUAUAUUUACAUAUACAAUAAUA